GACAUUUUGCGUUCUUUCGGACGCUUCCAGCUUUACGGCGGUGUGGCACAGCAGGUUUCUACGUUACUCUUUACGACUGCGUGCGGACAUGGAUGUUGGGGAGCUGUUGCGGUAUCAGCCCGACAAAGGUGCUAAACGAGGGAGAGAGGAGGAUCCAGACGAGGUGAAGCCAUCAAGAAAAGAGAGGGGAGGUCGGAACUGGCACCAUGAUGAGGAUCGGGCACCACAAGAAGAUGAGAGGAAAGCGAUGGGCACAGCUGAUGGGGUGCCCGGUGCUGAUGAUGAGGAUGUGGAGCCUCUGGAUGAAGGAGCAGUGAAAAGGAUGAUCCUGACAUUUGAGAAGAGAUCUUAUAAGAACCAGGAGCUGCGUAUUAAAUUCCCCGACAACCCAGAGAAGUUUAUGGAGUCUGAGCUGGACCUGAACGACAUCAUACAAGAGAUGCACGUAAUCGCCACCAUACCAGAUCUAUAUCACCUGCUAGUGGAGCUUAAUUCGGUGCAGUCUCUGCUUGGAUUGCUGGGGCAUGAAAACACUGAUGUAUGUAUUGCUGUGGUUGACUUGCUUCAAGAGCUGACCGACAUAGACACUCUACAUGAGAGCGAGGAGGGGGCCCAGGUGCUCAUAGAUGCUUUGGUGGAAGGACAGGUGAUCGCGCUCUUGGUGCAGAAUCUCGAGCGUCUGGAUGAAACUGUGAAGGAGGAAGCAGAUGGCGUGCACAAUACUCUCGCAAUCAUUGAAAACAUGACAGAAUUUCGUCCCGAGAUAUGUUCUGAAGCAGCUCAACAAGGAUUGCUCCAGUGGCUGCUGAAGAGGUUAAAGGCCAAGCUGCCAUUUGAUGCCAACAAGCUGUACUGCAGUGAAAUUCUGGCCAUUAUUCUACAGAAUAACGAUGACACUCGGGAACUCCUGGGGGAGCUGGAUGGAAUAGACGUGCUGCUUCAGCAGUUAUCGGUGUUUAAGCGACAUGAUCCUAGCACAGCGGAGGAGCAGGAAAUGAUGGAGAACUUGUUUGAUGCUCUUUGCUCGUGUUUAAUGCUGAGCAGCAACAGAGACCGAUUCCUGAAGGGUGAAGGCCUGCAGCUCAUGAACCUUAUGCUUAGAGAGAAGAAACUGUCCCGUUGCAGUGCUCUUCGCGUGCUGGAUCACGCCAUGAUUGGGCCUGAAGGCAGUGACAACUGUCACAAGUUUGUAGAUAUCUUGGGUCUAAGGACCAUCUUUCCACUCUUUAUGAAAUCACCGAAAAAGAUGAAGAAAACUGGCGUCUCUGAGAAGGAACACGAAGAACACGUCUGCUCUAUAAUGGCUUCCUUACUGCGUAAUCUGAAAGGACAGCAGAGGACCAGGCUGCUCAACAAGUUCACCGAGAGUGACAGUGAGAAGGUGGACCGCCUUCUGGAGCUGUAUUUCAAGUAUUUAGAGGCCGUGCGGGUGGCUGACAAGAAGAUUGAAGGCGAGAAGCACGACAUGGUGCGGCGUGGUGAAAUACUAGACGAUGAUUUGGAGGAUGAGUUCUACCUGCGUAGACUGGAUGCUGGUCUGUUCCUGCUUCAGCUGCUGUGCUACAUCACCGCAGAGAUCUCCAACAGCAGCUUACCCCAGGUACGACAGAGAGUGAUGCAGAUUUUGAACAUGAGGGGCAGCUCCAUCAAGAUAAUUCGACAUAUAUUGAAGGAAUAUUCUGAGAACAUCGGUGACGGGAAGAGCGCAGAAUUCCGGGAGAGUGAACAAAAGCGAAUCCUGGAGCUGAUAGAGACCUUGUGAGAGACUCGCUCUAGUUCAUUCCCACAGCAGUGAGGAGUCUGCAGAGCAUUGCACAAGUCCUGGACCUCAAAUAUCUGUUUGCUUUUGUAUAUACAAGUUUGGGAUGGGAUGAUUAGACACCAGGCUUCUUCCCACUCUCUGGGAACUUUAUUGAAGAUCAAUUUUAUGUGUCUUAUUUUUUAUAAAAAGCCAACAAUUAAAUAUUCAAUCCCA